AUGGCGACGUACUACACCCCGCCGCGCACGUCGUCUUCGACAUGCUCGACAUCUGCCGCCAUCGCCGAUGUCGAGCAACCCGAGCCCGCCCUGGAGCCUGAAGACGAGCGGGAGCACGAACUACAGCUCACGACGCUCGAUCUCAGCUCGCACUCCAUCUACGUCUUCCCCAACCCGUCCUCUGCGCCCUCCAGCCCGGCGUCCUGCCUCUUUUCGCCCACGCCCACAGAGCUCGCCACCCUUCGCGCCCGUCCCCGGAAUCGCUCUCGCUUCGCAGACACAGACACUGCCCUCAGCGAUAGAUCCACCCUCUCCGGCCUCGUCGACGGCGACGCAGAGCUCGACGUCGACAGCGAGGACUGGUCCCUCGGCUCCCCGGGCUGCUCACCCUUAUCACCCUCCGGCUCCACCGACUCCUGGCUGCUCGAGGGCGAGGUCGCCCGCGCCGCCCGCUGGGAUGUCCCAGCCCACCUCACUCUGCAGCAGCGCACCCACCGCGCAUUCCUCCACAUGUCCGCCGUCACCCCUGCCCCACCACCCGUGCGCAUCACCCUCGACCACGCGCGGCGCUUGCAGCCCCUCCGCCCGCGCACCCGCACCCACUCGCAUGCGAGCACCUUCAGCAGGAGCCUCUCAUCCUCUGCGCGCUCGCACCACGCCCGCACCGGGCCGCCACAGCCCCAGCCACAGCCCCGCGCGCCCCUCCCGCUCCUCGCGUUUUUCGCCCGUCUCCUUGCGCUCGACCUCGACGACCCCGCCGUACGCCUCCUCACGCUCGCCGUGCCCGACGCGGACGGCGACGCGCUCCUCUUCCCGGGGUGCAGCGCGCGCCUCGGCUCGUCGCCCCCGUCCCUCUCCACCAGCGCGUCCUCUGAUUCUUCUUGCUCGGAUUCGCUACACGAACUGGACAUCGCGUGCGACUGCGACUGCGAAGUCAGCCCAGAGCCCGCGCACGGCCUGCCGCGCCUCCUCUCCGACGACGCGCGCACGGCCGCGCUCCGCUCGCUGCGCGCCGGCCUCGCCGUGCCGUUCGACUUUGGCGUCGGCGUAGGCGCGGGGCUCUGGCGCGCCGUCGGUGAGGUGUGCGUCCGCAGCGGGCAGGCCUGGCGCGAGGUCUGGUGGGGCGUGUGA